CGCCCGGUGGGAGCGCGGCGGGACGCGGAGCAGCCCCGGAGGAUGGGGCGAGCGGCGGCAGGCACCGGGCCGGGCACCGUGUCCCUCUGGGGCAGCCUCCUGCUCGCUGCCGGCCUUGCCCUUGACCCAGCACCGCCUAUCUGCAACUGCUCGGAGCCCCUGGACUACCAGGCUUUCCGGGAGGCUCCGCUCCCUGAGAGCUGCUGCCUCAACUUCACCAGCUCCAACAUCACCCAUCUAGACUGGGGAGCACUGGUGGGAGUGCAGGGGCUGCGGGAGCUCUACCUCUCCCACUGCAGCAUCACGGCCAUCAGCAACGCACAGGGAGUCCCUCCUGCCUUGGAAAUCUUACACUUGAGUCACAACCUGCUGGAAAGUCUCCCUGGAAGCUUUCUAGAAAAUGCCCCUAAUUUGAGGGUUCUUUAUCUGGACAGCAACCAGCUUCAGGAGCUACCCAGGUCCUUCCUGAAAGCAUCUUCCCAGGUCCAGGAGGUCUACCUGGGCUUCAAUGCCCUCACCUUUCUUCCUGCCAGCCUCCUGAAGCCAUCUCUGCUCCAGCUUCAGCUCUCCAACAACAGCUGGGACUGCAGCUGUGCUCUGCUAACCACCCUGGAGGGUUGGUCCAGCCAGGCUGCUGAGGUAAUCUGCCACACACCAGAGCACUACCACGGUGUAGACCUCCAGAGCAUCCCCCGGGAUGAGCUGUGCCGCUCACACGGCCUCACAGCCCUCUUCAUCUGCUUGCCCCCUCUCCUCAUCCUCGCCAGCGUCACUUGGUGCUUCUGCCGGCAGAAGAAAAAGACCAACUACAGCCUUCAGAGCAGGUCCCAGAGCCAGCGGGCCGUGGCAGAGAGGAGCAAUGUGCCACUGUCUGCACAGCCCCACCACUACAACCCCUACGAGCUGCCUGCUGCUCCCUCCAAGACUGAGAAGAAAGUGCUGCUGGGGAAGCAGGUCGUGCUCCAGCCCUUCAUGGAUCCACUGGAGAGUGGCAGAGACCUCUAUGAGGAGGUGGAGAUCCAGGUGGGAUCCCCGAGCAGUUCCCAGGUGCCAUCCCAUGAAGGGCAGCUGGGCACCCCAGCACCAAGGGCAGAGGAGUUGGGCAGUGAGCCAGAGGUGGACACUGUCAGCGUGAGUGAAGUCCUGAAGGACUCUGCUGACCGGGAGAAGAUCUACAUGAGUCAGACAACCAGCUACUACAACCUGGUACCUGGUAUCGAGCUGGAGGACUCAGACAACCUGGAGUAUGAGACUAUUGACCUGCACUGAUGCCAGGACUUGGG